AUGGUUCAAGCGCGUGGCGGAUCGGGUGGCGAUCUGGCGAGACUGGAAGGCCCGAUGAAGCAUGUCGUGACGUACUCUGGCGUACACGUUGCACCGGGACCUGCGACCAAGGGAGGGGUGUACGACGCGUGGUUUCGGGCGGGGGGCACCCGCGCGCUCCUGUACACGGCUGCCAGUGUCGUCGACGAGCUUGCCGACGUUGCCAGCGAGGCUUCCGCUAAGGGCGCGAGCGGCCAGGUGCGAGACCGGGCGGAGGUGCUAGCGAGGGAGGGCCGCGAGCUUCUCGGCGAGCUGCUGCGGACGGUGGCGGUGCUCCUGUCGUCGGGUCCCGUUCACCGGGAAGAGUUCCUCCAGGUGGAUGCCUUCCAGGAGGUGGAACUCCUCGGCGCGGCCCUGCAGGGAGUUCUCUUGGACUUCAGGCUCUGGUCCGACGCUGGGGUCGAAGCACAGGCGCUGCUGUUGGAAGGGGUGUCUUCUGUGGCGGAGCGUCGGGUAGCCCAGCUCCGCGCGUUCGUCGGCCCCCAGCUCCUCCUCGACGUCCUCAGGUUGCACGUUUGCACCGCAGACCGCGCCCCCGCCCGCGCCCAGAAGCGCCCGUCUACUUCCGCCCCUCCUGCCGCCGCCGCCCCGUCGCACGCGGCAGACGGGAGCGUCAUUGCUCGGCCGGUGACCCCCAAGAGCAAGCGCGGCAGCGGCUUUGGGGAUGGUUCGAGUGGCAGCGGCGGCGGUGGCGGUGGCGGUGGCGGCGGCGGGGCCGCCGCAGGCGGAGCUGCUAGAGCGGCGGCCUCGUCCUUCAUCGAGGCCGCCGGCGGCGGCGACAGAGCCCCCGGCGGGGCUCUCGCUUCUCGCGGCAUGGACGCCAGCGAGAGGGCCAAGUACGUCCGGAUGUCCUUUCUCGAAGAGGACUUCGGCGACUCGUUCGGCCUUGACGGCAGCGGGUGGAAGGACGGGGUGCUCCGCGACGCCGGCGUGGACGGGACCGUCGAGGACCCCGGUUCAGCGGUGACGGCGGCGGCAGCGGCGGCGGGGGAGGCUGAUGGCGUCAAUGCCGCGGUGGUGUGUCUCCAGGAGUGCCAGAGCCCGGACCUGCAGCGGGGUGUGCUCGGGGUGUUGCUGGGACUCCGCAAGGAUGGCCCGAUCAAAGACUUCUUGCGGCGCGAACUGCUGCGGAGCAUGUUCCUGUGGGAGGCCGCUCCGAUACUGCUGUCCAGGAAAGGGUACUCCACCGACGUCCGCCGCGACUGCCUAGCCCUCUCCCUGUGGCUGCUCACGGAGACCCACGCGGCAGGGGACGAGAGGUCGCUGGCCCCGUCGGCCAAAACGCCUCGCCACCGCCGUCCAUCAGUGUCCGCCUUUCCGGCGAGCGGCGGCGGCGGCGGCAACGCCUCGUUGGCCCCUAACCUGGCGAAGGCUCUGGACGCCGAGAACCUGGUCUUGGGCGAGGAUGGUGGACGGGGCCAAGGAGCAGCGGAUGGCGGCGACGCUGCUUCGGGGAGAGACGUGUUGGCGGCCGUCCGAGGGCAGUACUGGUCUGCGCACUUGAUGCUGGCACGCACGGUGGCUCUGGCCGUCUCGCAAGGCGCGUGGGGCACCAUCCCCGGUCCCCUCUCCCCGGCACCGGCGCCAAUCGGCGAAGACGUCGUGGAGGUUGCCCUCUCGGGGGGACAGGUGUCGGCGGCGACGGAGGAAACGGGGGGCAAAACUGUCGCCGAAGGCGGCGGAGGCGGCGGCGGCGGCCAUAAUAGCGAUGCCGGCGACGCUGAGAGCGGUAGCAGCAGCGGCGGUGGGGGGAAGAGGGCGUCGCUGUGGCUCUCGCUGCCGUUCUUGGCGGCGCUGUUGCCGGGCGCGUCGCCGUCCACGCGGCAGCAGGCCGCCAUGUCGAUCAACAUCGCCCUCAAGGGCAAUGUCGCCGCAAGGAAGGCGCUGCUUCGCCUCUCCGAGUCUUCCUGGGCGGACGCGCUUAUGGAGCUGGCCCUGUGCGAGAGGGAGUUGGACGAUCCGUUCGCGGCCGGCGCCACCGGUGCUGCCGAGGGCGUGGGGAGCGGCGGCUCCCUCAAGCGCCCUAGCAGCAGCAGCGGCGGCGGCGGCGGCGGGUGGGAGUCCGUGGAGCGGUUCGGGGACGGCGCUGUCAGCACCCCGGUAGGCGAGACAUCGCUGUGCGAAGAGCUCGCCCUCGAUGCGGCAGGCUGCGUGGUGGCGGACAGCAUCGUCGAGCGUCCCCGGGGCUGGACCAUCCUCCGCCCCCUGCUGGCCAGCCUUGACCGCGCGGUGGUGCAGCGGGUGGGGCUGGACCGUGGCGGGCGGGAGUGGCAGAGGGUGGCCCUCUGCAAGCUAUCCUCUACCGUCCUCCAGCGGGUCGCCCGGGGGUCAGGCAGAUGGACCGAGCUUACCCUGGACGGGCUGAACAAGCUCAUGCUCCUCGUCGAAGAGCGCCUGUUCCCGGGAGACGAGCUGGCAGCAGCCAUGGCGGCGGCGGCGGCGGCAACGGUGGCUGCAGGCGGCGAUAGCCACCAAGAAAACGGCGGCGGAGAAGCCGGCGGACUUGAGGUUGCGGGGGGCGCAGCGGAGGGGCAUCACCCGGCGCUUGGGUCGUCCGGGGGGCAGUCCUCCUUCGACAUGGAGGGGAGUUGGGGCGAAGACGGGACCGCGGCGGGGUCCUUGAGCCACCUCGUGGAGUGCAUGUUGGAGAUCGUUCGGGGUCUACGCAGCAUGCUAUCCAGCGAGCCCCUCCUCGCGACGGGACACCGAGCCCCCGUUGCCGCCGUCGCGGCCGCGGCUGCGGCGGCAGCCGGGGACGUGGGGCUCCGGACCCGGGCGUGCAACGCGCUGUGGCCCGCCCUGCGGGCGCUGGGGCGCGUGCCAGUGCUUCGCGACGUGGGCACGGAGCUAUCGCGGGUGGUCUACCACGAGGUUUUCCUGUCUCUGCAGGUCCUCCUGUCUCUCCCCGAGGUCACCCCCGCAGCCGGCAAGUCGGCCACGCUCGAGGCGUUCCUAAGCCUCAGGAAGGCGCUGUCCGUCUGCGACGAGGCCCUGUCACCCCGGGACCCAUCCGCUUCGGGAUCGCCCGGGGGGGGGGGACGCCGCUCCCCCAGUGGGGGACUUGGGAAGCGGGCGAACGGGCCGUUCGAUCCCGAUGCGGCCGCGUUGGCCAUGGAGAAGCGCGGUCUGCUUGGAGCGGUCGCAAUGGCAGCGGUCCAAAAUCUCCACACCCUCCCAAGCGCGGAGACGGCGGCAGCAGAGGAUGCCGCCGGGGAUAACGCUGCCGAGACGGCGCGGGGCCGGCGGGGGGAGGCGGCAGGGCGCCCGGCUCCCCGCCAGGCCAAGGGGGGAGGGGCGGCGGCGGCGACGGCGACGGUAGCCCCGAAGGCUUCAGCGGCGGUGGCGGAAAUGUUAACCGGGGCGAGCGGGUGCGAGGACAUGGACGAGAUCUUCAAGUCGCUCUGGGCGGUUCUUGCGGAGGCGCAGGCGGAGUCUCGACAGGACUACGCCGACUUCGUGCCGCUGUUCCGCAACAUGGGCAGCGGCCGGCGGGGCUCGUCCUCAUCGUUAUCGUCUUCGUUCAACGCCGGCGGCCGGCGUCCCUCCUUCGAGUACAACAACGGCGGCGGCGGCGGCGGCGGUGCCAGGGGGGGCUCCGCGGCCCUCGGCGGGUACGCCUCCGCCCACCUCCCGGCCUCCUACACGAUGCCGUUCGGCCUUCCCCCGCCGCUCCACCGCGUGCGACUCUCGCGGGACGCCGGAGAGUUCGCGUGGCCGGCCGAGCCCCCGGGCCCCCACGGCCCCCCCCGCCCGUACACGCCUUCCUCCGGCGCCGGCGAAGACGCCGCGGCUAUCGCGGCCGCCGCGGCCGCCGGUGACUCGUCGCCGCCCGACGCGGCGGUGGUGACGGCGAAGGCGCUGCAGCAGCUGCCCCCCCGCGGGAGCUUGAUCUUCGGGCUCGGCGGUGCGGCGGCGGCGGAGAGCCUGGCGGCGACGGUCUUGGCGGAGCACCGGGUGGUGGUGGAGGAGGAGCACCUGCGGCUGGAGUACGCGAUGGCGGCCCUCGACGCCGCGGGGGCGAGGGCUCGGAGGCACUGGCGGAGGGUCAGCCGACUGGCGGAGGCGGAGGCGUCGCCCUGGGUCGGCGAGGAGAAGGGGGCCGCCGCCGCCGCCGCCGCCUGCCGGCGUGCGGGGGGCGAGAGGCUAACCGGGCUGCACCGCGACUGCAGGUGGAAGCUCGCGGGGAACGAGCACGAGGGGUCGGAGCCCGGCCGUUACCGCCCCGUCCUGCAGCCGGUCCUCGCCGCUCCGUCGUCGUCGCCGUCGUCUUCGGCGUCCGUGGUGCCCGCCGAGGACCUGUCCGCCAGCGCGAUGAGCAUGGAGGACGUCGGCCUCCAGCUGGCGCGCAAGUGCUCGCGGUACAUCGUGGACAUCGUCAAGACGGAGGCAACGGGGGACGCCCUGGCCGACGCCGGAGGAGGAAGCGGCGGCGGCGGCGGUAACGGCGACGAUAACGGCGACGAUAACCACGGGGAGAACGAGGACGACGAGGAGGAGGACGUCUGGGGCGUCAUCGGCGCCCUGUCCCCUGCCGCCGGCAUCAGCGGUGACCCUGAAGCCGCCGCCACCGCCGGCGACAGCAGCGGAGCGGAUGAAGCCGCUAUUGCCGCCGCCGCCCUAGACGUGGUCGAAGAGGUAUCCAGCACCGGGGAAAGCCCAUCGGCGCGAGCCCAGCGGGAGGAAGACGAGCGGCGCCUGGUGGAGGCCAGGGUGCGGCAGACCCUCGCCGCCGUCGCCGGCCGCCAGGACGGGGGCGCCGGGCCCCGGGUGGACCUGGGGCCCGGGGCCGCGCGGUGGAGGAUGGCUGUGGCGAUCGCGGCGGAGGCCGCGUCUGGGUUGGGCGUGACGGAGACGGUCGUGCUGGUUACGCCCAAGGGGAACCGCAGAGGGCGGCUGUCGCUCGUCGACAAGUUCCUGUCCUUCAUGCCCGAGAGCGCUACCGCCGACGGCGACGGAGGACGGGACGGUGGUAGCGGCGGCGGCGGCGGCGGCGGCGGCGGCACCAGCAGUGGCGCCGGAGCCGCGAAGGCGUACACGUGGGCCAUGGACCAGCGGCGCUUCCGCCUGCGCGAGUCGGCCCUCCAGGUGUUCCUCCGCAGGGGCAAGCGGAGAAGCCUCUUCUUAAAUUUCGGGUCGGAGUCCAGAGACCAGGGCCGCCGCAACGACUUUUUCAGGGCACUCCAGACGCGGUGCCCGUCGGGGAGCUCGGAGUCCUCGGACGCCAGCCGGCUGCUCAAGGCGUGGCAGCGGCGACGCAUCAGCAACUUCGAGUACCUCAUGGGCCUCAACACGUUGGCCGGCCGAAGCUUCAACGAUCUAUGCCAGUACCCGGUGUUCCCCUGGGUGCUGUCAGAUUAUACCUCCGAUGAGUUAGACCUCUCGGACGACAAGGUGUUCCGCGAUCUCAAGAAACCAAUGGGCGCUGUGAACCCCGAGCGACUUGCGGAGUUUAUCGACCGGUACCGCAGCUUCGACGACCCGGAUAUCCCGAGCUUCAUGUACGGCAGCCACUACAGCACCGCCGUUGGGGUCGUGCUGCACUACCUUGUCCGCCUACAGCCGUUCGCGGAGUUGCACAGGGAGAUGCAGAACGGCACUUUCGACGUGGCGGACCGGCUGUUCAGCAGCGUGGCGCGCAGCUGGGACAUGUGCACAUCUGCGCUCUCCGAGGUCAAGGAGCUUACGCCGGAGUGGUACUCGCUGCCGGACUUCCUGACGAACGUUAACGGCUUCGCCUUCGGGAAGGCUCAGGAUGGGACGGAGAUCAACGACGUCCAGCUUCCUCCCUGGGCUGGAGGACCGGCCGACUUCAUACUCAAGCACCGUGCCGCUCUAGAGUCGGACUACGUGUCCCAGAACCUGCACCACUGGAUCGACCUCAUCUUCGGGUACAAGCAGAGGGGCCCCGCGGCUGAGAAGGCGCACAACGUGUUCUACUACCUCACAUACUCCGGUGCGGUCGACCUCGCCAACAUCCAGGACGAGGGGCUGCGGCGGGCCACGGAGCUGCAGAUCGCUCAUUUCGGCCAGUGCCCGGCACAGCUAUUCGGCAGACCCCACCCCGCCCGCGGCCAGCGAGGACAGGGAGUUCCACGGCCGGUGGCGGCGUCUUUCAGGGGGCUGGAGCGCUGGCGAGAGAGCGGCCGCCUUGCGUCCGUGCGUAGCGUCCAGAGGGUGCCGUCGGUAUCCCUCAGGCAGGUAGGCGUGCGCGCCUGCCGGGCGCUGGCGGACGGGCGCCUUCUCUCCGUCAACGGGCUCGGCGUAAUCGAGCAGUUCAAUUACGCCUGGAGGGACUGGCAGUUGCCGGCGGCGGAUUCUUCGGCGGUUGCUGCUACUACGGAGACGGGGAUAGAGACGGCGGCGGGAGGGGAGGAAGAGGAGGAGGAGGAGGAAGAGGAGGAGGGGGUCGUUGGUGGUGACAGCGAGGGAGAGCCGGGGGUGGAAGCCAAGAGGAUGGUUCACUUCACGCACGUCCCCCGCAUCCCCCUCGGAGCCAGGCCGGCGGUGGACUCCCGUGGCGAGGAGGCGGCCGGGGGCCCCAGCGAUUGGCCUCCCCCCCUCCCCGCUCCGCCCGUGUGCUUUUCCCCCUCCGGGAGGUACUUGUUCAGCGGAGGGCACGAGUCCGGGGCGUUGCUCAUGUGGCAGUUCGAUUACGACAACACCGGCCAGGUGUGCGGCGAGAUGGCGCUGCCACGGGCACUCGGCCCCCGUGACCUGCCUCGCGCUUUUGCGGGCUCGAGGCCAAGGACAGCGACCUCGUCCUCUCCGGCGCCGCCGACGGCACGGGCCCUUCUCUGGUCCGUCCGCCGCCUGGCCCCCAACUACAUCUCGGACAGCCUGCGCCGCCCGACGGCCCGCCGGUGCCCCGCCCUCGUCGUGCGCGGGCACCGGGGGGCCCGUGACCGCGUGCGCGGUUAG